AUGUGUGGAGGCGCAUGCUCUCAUUCACUGGUGCUGUUUUGCAUGCAGUUUGCUGUGCGUUUGCGCCACAACUCCUUGCUGGUGAUGUGGGAAGGGUGUCAGGAAGCGUGGAAGCACGAGGUGCCCAAAGAAUCACACUACACCAGUCACAAGAUCAGUGGCGCACUGCGAGUCAACUUGACGUUCCGAAGGCAUGACCCGGAGUAUGUGCGAAAACAGCCCAUCUGCUGCGGCGUAAAACGUGAGUGGUGUGAGGUGUCUUUGAUAAAAGAAUUAUAA